AUGGGAUCAUCAUCGUCCAAACCAGCACGCAAGCUGGGUUCCGAGGUGGCCUCUACAGUCUCAAGAGCCGCUCCUUCCGCUGCCAAGCCGUCCGCCAGCCCUGCCCCUGCGCCCACCUCCGGAAAAGCUCGUGUACCACCUACCGAGUACGGUGCUUCGACGGCAAAGCAAGGCUCCCAAUAUGCUCCUUCCGCAUCCACUCGGCGCGAGCAGGAGACACAGCGUCAGCGGCAGCAAGCGAGCGAGCACAAAUCGGCUGAUAUCAUGCGCGAUGCGUUCGACCCGCAGUUCAUGCAAAACUUGUCUCGAUUGGGACAGGUGAAGGUUCCAAAGAACGCGACCAAUUACCAAGCUACGGAUCAAAUGCUUCGCAUCCUAGAAGCACGCGAACGAGCCAAUCUCGACAACGUUCAUUCCGCCGACACCCUCUCCCCCUCAUCCACGACGCAGCAGACCUCUCCCUCCAAGCCCACCACCACACCUCGCAUCUCCGCCAACACCAUCACUCUCCUCCUGGACGAUCGAAAGCACUGCGAAACUCAAAAGGACCUCGAACGCCUGGCUCUCGAAUACGAUCUCCCCCUAGCAACCAUCGAAACGCUCGCCCAAUACUACAACUCCCCCACCAUGGGUGAAGAGAUCCGCGAUGAGGUGGAAGAGAAGCAGGAAGAUCAGGCCAACAGGCAAAACGAAAGGGAGGCUACAAAGGUCAGGGGUGUGUGGGUCGUGCCCAAGUUCCAGCAGCGGAUCGAGGCGUAA